GUGACAGUGGAGGCGAGCGGCUGCAAAAUCUGCAGACUGCCGGCUUUCUGUCUUCCUAAAUAAACGCAAGGUGGAGAAAUUAACCCACUUAUUAGUCCUGGUUUCAAGGAGGAGCAACCUGGAAGAACCUGGAAAACCCUGGAAGAACCUGGAGGAAACGUAUAGAGUCUCUGAGAAGAACUAGUUUUCAUCUUUAACCUCAAGAAGUUUCUUUCCUCUUCUUGCACCAAAACUAGAUUUCACCUCUCCGUCGGUUUGUCCUGGAGGACGUUAAAGCCAUCAAACAUCAUCUGGAAGUUUCUUCAAACAGGAUGAGAAGCUAAACCAGGAAGCAGCGAGAAGAUGCCGGCAGCAGGACGAGUUUACCUGGACGUGUCGGAGAGCAUUCGGGGUCGUUGUCCGCUCGCCGUCUCCCCCUCGCUUUAGCCAACAUGAGGAAGCCGUUUCCCACAGACUCUUUAUGAUCCUGUUGAACUUUCAGAGCCGAUACCAGUUCACAAAAAUAACUGCCGCCAAAAUUUUUAGUUGAACGCAGGAUGGAGGGCAGGAUGCCGGGAAUGAGGAAGCUCCUGGGGAUUCUGGGAUUUUUCUGCCUGUGGAUUACAGCUCAGGCUCAGAUGAAGAUCCCACCGGAGACGGUGCAGCAGUGGGCGUCUGUGUUCUCUGUUCAGCUCCGAGAAUCCACAACCAAAUACUCCGGCUCUCUGCUGCUGCAGAAGAAACUGAAGGACGUGGAGUCCAUCAUUAAGAUCGUGGAGUUGAACGGAAACGACUUGGUGAAGGAUUACUCAGAUGAGAUCGAACGGAUGUUGGGAAGCAAGAUGAAGUCAGUGAAGAGGUUAGCGGAGUCUGCAGAGGACGCCGAUCUGUACCACGAGUUCAACGCUACAUUAAUGUUCGACUACUACAACUCCAUGCUGAUCAACACGGUGGACGAGGACGGGAACAACGUGGAGCUGGGCGGAGAGUUUCCUCUGGAGGAGAACGAACACUUCAACAACAUGCUAGUGAACACGCUGCAGAGCGACAUCCAGAUUCCUACCAACGUCUACAACAAAGAUCCCAACAUCCUCAACGCCAUCUACAACUCGGAGGCGUUAAACGACGUCUUCAUCCUUAACUUCCAGAAGGACCCGACGCUCACCUGGCAGUACUUCGGCAGCUCCACCGGGUUCUUCAGAAUCUACCCCGGUAUUAAAUGGACUCCAGACUCCAACGGUGUGGCAGCUUUUGACUGCAGGAACAGAAACUGGUACAUCCAGGCAGCCACAUCUCCCAAAGACAUCAUCAUCAUGGUGGACAUCAGCGGCAGCAUGAAGGGGCUGAAGAUGACCAUCGCCAAACACACCAUCAACACCAUCCUGGACACGCUGGGAGAGAACGACUUCGUCAACGUCAUCGCUUACACGGACUACGUUCGGUACGUGGAGCCGUGCUUCAAAGGAACUCUGGUCCAGGCCGACUUGGACAACAGAGAGCACUUUAAGAUGCUGGUGGAGGAGCUGCACGUUAAAGGAGAAGCGAAGAUCAAAAACGCCAUGAAGGAAUCCUUCAAAAUCCUCAACGAGGCGAGGGUGAACGGUCAGGGCAGCAUGUGUAACCAGGCCAUCAUGCUGAUCACAGACGGAGCCAUGGAGGACUUUGAGUCUGUGUUUGAGGAGUUCAACUGGCCUGAUCGCAGGGUGCGAGUCUUCACCUACCUGAUCGGCAGAGAGAUGACCUUCGCUCAAAACACCAAGUGGAUCGCCUGCAACAACAAAGGUUACUACACACACAUCUCCACGCUGGCCGACGUGCAGGAGAAUGUCAUGGAGUACCUGCACGUGCUCAGUCGACCGAUGGUCAUCAACCACGACCACGACAUCAUUUGGACGGAAGCCUACAUGGACACUGUGCUCUUCACCACCAAAGCUCAGAGUCUGCUGCUCAUGACCUCGGUGGCCAUGCCGGUCUUCAGCAAGAAGAAAGAGACGCUGUCCCACGGGAUCCUGCUGGGCGUGGUCGGCUCCGACGUCCCGCUGUCGGAGGUGAUGAAGCUGGCUCCCAGAUACAUGCUGGGAGCUCACGGCUACGCCUUCCUCAUCACCAACAACGGCUACAUCCUGGCUCACCCUGACCUUCGACCUCUGGUGAGUCCUGUUUCACGACUGCAGAAGACAAAUUUAACUGAAGAGCCGCAGCGGCUCUGA